AUGCGUGUCCCAAUACUUGCAAGCCUGUUCGCUAUUUUCAUUGCCAUUGCCCAUGGCGCUGAUGACACCCCCGAUGUCCCAGAAGGCUACGAUGUCUUUAUACCCGAGUGGGAAGUGGAGGUCCAUCCCGGCGGACCAACAGAGAUUCUAAACGGAACAGUCGAAGAAGUCUACGCGCAGCUUCUAAAGCUCAACCCAAACUAUGCCAUUGAAUUUGGGAUGCCGCUCGACGACCUCGAGCCAGAGAACGUUGACCCGGAAGAAAGAGAUCUUGAAGAAAGAGACACGGAUGACAAUAUGGACACGGCCGCCAACUUUCGCGGCAGCAAGUACAAAUGCGCUCGAAAAGUCCCUCGCAGAGACCGGGCCAGCACAAAGGCCAUCCGGAAUGGUAUACGGUAUCUGCGUCGGCUCAAGGGCCGCCCGCACAGUGCGGCAGGGCCCAGGAAGUGUGGACGCGCGAAGAAACCGAAGACCCUCCAUUCCUAUCGCGACAUUGCCGAUGGCGCUCAGCGUGUGGUGGAAAAGUGCUCCAAGGGGGUGCGGUGGCGGGCCAGGCUUUCCAUAAGGGACAUUGGAGUGUGGCUGUGGAGAAAACCUCAUGCCAAGGUUAUUCCAGCCUGGAGAGGGCAGUCGACUUGUACGGUGAGUCAACCUAGCCCAAUACCAGGCAGUGAGCGUAUCAAGCCAUACUGA